AUGGCGUCUCUGCUUCGCCAGAUCGUUGCAGGGCCCCGCGCCAGACACCCCGAGGCAGGACUGGACUUGUGCUAUGUCACCGACAACAUCAUUGCAACUUCCGGACCCUCCCAAUCAUACCCCCAACGAGCCUACCGUAACCCGCUUGACCAACUCGUUGCAUUUCUCGACUCGAAACAUGGGAAGGACUGGGCAAUAUGGGAAUUCCGUGGCGAAGGUACGGGGUACCCGGACUCUCUGGUCUACAAUAGAAUCCGCCAUUACCCCUGGCCCGACCACCAUCCACCACCGUUUCGACUCGUACCCAUGAUCGUCGCGAGCAUGCGGAACUGGCUGAGCGGGAACGACCUGGCUGCUGAUGGUGUCGGUGCAAGUGAUGAAGGCAAGAAGAACAUUGUGAGCAAGGUGCUGGAUACGUGGAAGGACAAUAAGAACGGCCGAGUGGUAGUUGUACAUUGCAAAGCUGGCAAGGGCAGGAGCGGUAGCAUGGCAUGCAGUUUUCUCAUUGCCGAGUGUGGAUGGACACCAGAGCAGGCACUCGCACGAUUCACAGAGCGGAGAAUGAGGCCUAAAUUUGGUGCUGGAGUUUCCAUCCCCAGUCAGCUGAGAUGGAUUGGCUAUGUCGACCGCUGGACCAAGGGGGGAAAGAAAUAUACCGAUCGCCAACUAGAGAUCGUCGAGAUCCACGUGUGGGGACUGCGCAACGGCGUCAAGCUUUCCGUCGAAGGGUUCGUGGAGGAAGGCAAGAAGAUCAAGGUUUUCCACACCUACAACAAGAAAGAGCGCCUCGUCGUUGAAGGCAACCCGCCGGGUAGCACUGGGAUGAUGGACCAGCUGUACGACAUGGCUGGCUAUGGCACUAGCCCGACUACAGAACAAGAGGUAUUGGACGAGGCGAAAGAGGUGGAUGCGCAGAAUGGCACCGACUUCGUGGCCAACUCUUCUGGUCCCUCUGGCGGGCCAACCUCGACUGAAUCGAAAGGCGUCAAUGAACGAACUCCCACGCUUAUAUCAAAGGUAUCACGAAGCGCAUCGACCCACUCUAAGACUGGCAAGCCCAAGAAGAGCGUCAAGUUCGAGUCACUGAAAUCAGCCAACUCAUCGUCGUCUUCACUCCCCAAUAACAAGGAGAAGUCCGACCCAGAGCCUGGCGGGAUGGCCGUCAUAUUCAAGUCCCACAAACCAGUCCGGAUACCGAAUAGCGACGUAAAUAUUGCGAUUGAGCGACGAAACCGGACGCCCAGCACCAUGGGUUUGACCAUGGUGUCAGCAGUUGCCCACGUCUGGUUCAACGCUUUCUUCGAGGGUAAAGGUCCUGAACAGGACGGCAUACCAAAUGAGCACGGUGUCUUCGAGAUCGAGUGGGACAAGCUGGACGGUAUUAAGGGAUCUAGCCAGAAGGGAACACGCGCUUGCGAUAAGAUCGCCGUCGUUUGGCGGUCGGUAGCGCCCGAGGACGGCGCGAAAGAGCCAAUUAUCCAUAUACCCGGGACCGAUUCAUCUGUUCCGCAGAUGAAGCCUGCGGACUGGAAAGGCGGCAACGAUGAAGAUCCUGAUACACAGAAACACCUGGGUUUACGCGUGCAGAGUCCGGACAGCGCGAACGUAAGCCAGGCAAGCAGUAUAAGGGACGAGCCUCUUGGCGAGAACGAGAGCAAGGAGAAGGAGAUUGAGGAGGCUAUGGCGGGCCUCCGGACGGAUGUGCCUGGACAGGGGGACGACAGUGCAAGCUCAGUUGGCUCUAGCGGCCAGGAGAAAGGAAAGGGAGUAGAAGGCAAGAAGAGUGACGAGGAGAAGCUAGAUGCUUAUGCUGAGAAGCUGCCUAAGCCUGAGGGUAGUGGGGAGCUGUAA